AGAUAGUCGAUUUGUUAGGAGAUGGCGUUCAGUGGGGAGUUCGAGUCGUUUGGUAGAGAUGCGUCUUCCCCUACUUCUCCAACGGCCGCACAGCGGCCAGUUGCUGUAGCACUUCUCAAGAGCUUUCGAGACGAAGAGCAUAGAAUGUCGUCACUCGCAAAUAUGGAUAGCCCAAAGAGGCGGGUUGGGAGGCUCUUCUCGAUAGGCAGUGAUCGUCAGGGAUCACACCGUAACGAUAGCUAUAGUUCUGGUAGUUACUCUGAGUCUGAAUGCUCAGAUGAUGAACAGUCGCCUCGAGACAUUAAGCAGGAAAAUUCCAAAGGUUUCCGUGAUUUCUGCGUGCAAGACAUUGGAUUAGCAAACUAUGGACGUUGGAUGAUAACUAACUCUGAAAAGGGUAUAUAGUAGAAGUUUUUCUCUAGAUGUCAAUGCAGUGCUCUAGCUGUCCACCAGCUAUUGCUUUA